AUGUUUGCAAGAGAAGCUCGCAAAAUUAUCCCAAAUGAACUUCAUCUAGGCACUAACAGCUGUCUGGAAAUAUCCGCCGUUCAUUUCAGCAACAAUAUUGUACUGCAGAUAAGAUUCAAUGGAGAGCUUGAUACAUGUCUCGAAGUAAAUUGGAAAGGAAUUCCUGCCGAUAGUAUAGGUAAUACCCCACUUGGUAGCAAAACUCUACACCAAGACCAGUUCGAAUCAAACUCCAAAGAUCUUGAUGACGAAGACAGCGAUAGCGACUUCGAAGACUACAAGCCCAUGGAGGACGUUCUUUCCAAUUUCCACAUUGCAACAAGACUGGGCGAUUCAAACGACAUGAAACUGCCGAUUGUCUGUUCUCAAAUUGCAGAACUUUACCAAAAAGUGGUGUUUCCUUCUAACGUGGAUAAGCUGCGAGACAUUUCAUUGACGAGAGGUUUCGUUAUAUCCCUGAGUGCCAAAAUGUGGAGAAGAGAAUCAUCCGAAAAGGACUUUGCCGUGCUCCUAUUCAUCUUGCAAACGAUUAAGGAUAUGUAUACUUAG